AUGAAUGUUGAAAAUGACAGAGCCAUCGAACAUGAAUUAAAGCAGCAUGGAUAUACAAUAAUUCUAACCAUAUCAGAUACCCCUUCCUCUAAGCAUAUAGAAGUUACAAAAGGAAAAGGUUUUUCAUUUGACGCAAAAAUAUACAAGUUAAAAGGUAACUACAGGGCAAUGGAAUGCUAUAAUAACGAAAAAGAUAUUCUUGGAUCAGUAAUUCAUCCAAAUAUCGCGGAAACGUUUGAUUUUUUUACAUCCAAAAAUCAUGCAUUUUUAAUCUUUGAAUUAUGCAAAGAUCUUUCCUUAGAGACACUUGUUAGUAUACCAUGUUCGUGCACCGAGAAAUCAAUAUAUGGGUAUAUAUCCCAAAUUAUUCAUGGAAUAUCACAUUUACAUGCAAACAGUAUAGCUCAUAAUAAUAUUAACCCAAGUAAUAUUAUGUUUGACAGAUUUGGCAGAAUCAAAAUUGUUGAUUUUGAUCAUUCUAUUUUUACAAAUGAUCAACCACUUUGUUCAUUCACAGGAACAACCAGAUUCCCAAGAGCUCCAGAAUCAUUAAACUCCAAACUGUAUGAUCCUAUCGCCGCAGACAUUUGGGGUUUCGGCGCAGUUAGUUAUUUCUUACUCAGUGGGGAAUAUCCAUGGAGCCCAGAGCUAGAAUGCAGUUACUCUGAGGCAAUAACGAAUUCCAUUAAGAAGAUUUACGGUAAAUUCGAUGAAAAGUUAAUUCAGUUAAUUGUGAAUUGUCUUUCAGAGAAUCCAACUGAUAGACCUUCAUCUGCUGCUAUACAUUCAUACCUAUCGAAUAGCGCAACACUAGGACCACUUUCUAAAAAGUGUAUCAAAAAACAGAGUUCAAACGUGACAAUACCAAAGAUAAAGAGAAUCUCUUCCAACACACAAUUUAGAAUAUAUUCUUCAUCAGGAAAAUAA